AUGGGGCUUGAGGCUGAGCUAACAGAGGCAAUGUUCCGGAUUACUGUACUACUUCUCCUCGUGAUCUUCACCGUUUACGUAGCCGGAAGCGACUUUGGAUGGGGAUUUGUUCGACCGCGUUGGUACUUCGGUGGCCGUCUUAACAACGGUCUUGGACGACUGGACGCUCGAGAAACCAGGUCAUACGACAGCUACGGUCCGGACGCUUUAUGA